CGUUGAGGGUUUAGGUAGUGUUUGAUAUACUUCGUUCCUUUAUCAAAGUUUCAUUUAAUUAGGAACACUGUUUAAUACAGAGAUAAGGAUAUACUACCAUAGGCAUACACAGAAUACUUCAUAUGCUUUUUACGUUUCCUGAUGCAGAGGGUUCUGAGAAUUUGAUGGCUGGCACUGCGCCGAAGAAACGAUAGUCCAUUGAUUUGUUGAAGAAGUUCAGUAGGUGGCCUCUUAUCGUGAAUACUUGCUGCAGGAUCAACCGUCAAAGUGGAGACCUCGGAGCUGCUAGUGUCGCUGUCCAGCAUAUUCAAGAUGGGGACAGUGCUCAGCUUCAGCCCUCGGGAGCAGAAGCCUUAUUAUGGCGAUUAUACUCUCAAUAAUCACAAUUACGAGGCACUUAAUAACACUCGUAAUAGGGAGAAAAUCAUCAACAACGAAAAUGCUAAUAUUUUAAGCGAGAAGAAUUCUCUUGAUCGCAAUGCGUACAAGAAGCAUUCUUUAUUUAUCAACGCCCUCAGUUGGAAACGUUUUGCCUCCACGAACAAAAAGAAAAUAGAUAACAGAAAUAAGAAUAAUUUAUCGCUUCGUCAGCCUUUGGAUAACAUUCAUCCUUUCAUUGAUAACAACAAAAACAUUCAAAAAGCUCUAAGCUGCUAUAACAUCAGACCAAGCUCGGUAGGUCAACUUGACUUGGUGCGCAACAAUAACCACACUCAUACCCCAACGGACAAACUACCACCAAAGGCUGUCCUAACCUCAGCACCAUCGAGCAACAACCACCAAGACCUACAACAGGUUGCCAAGUACACGACGACUACAGUGCUACCUUUAACACGCCAGCACAUACAACCAGUCCAGCAACUUGUGAAGCAGCAUCAAGUGCUCCCUCAUCACGCUCAUCAUCAGCAACAACAACAGAGGCCCAUACACCCAAAGCAGUUAGGAGGAACAAGUCCUAGCAGAAAAACUGUUAUUCAAGCGUCGACGUCGGAGCUGCUCAAGUGUCUGGGCAGCCACUUGCAGACGACGUGCUCACAGCUGGCAGACUUCCAGGCCGCUGAUGCCGUCAUGUGGCUCAGGACUGUUGAUCGUUCGCUGCUGCUGCAGGGAUGGCAGGACAUCGCCUUCAUAAACCCAGCGAACGUGGUGUUCGUGUACUUGCUGGUUCGCCACUUGGUGACGGACGACAUCGAGAGCGAGCACGAGCUUCAGGCUAUAGUCCUGACGUGUCUCUACCUCUCCUACUCGUACAUGGGCAACGAGAUCUCGUAUCCUCUCAAGCCAUUCCUUGUCGAGGAUGACAAGGACAGGUUUUGGGACCGAUGUCUACACAUUAUCAACACACUCAGCGGUGACAUGCUGCGUAUCAACGCAGAACCAGCUUUCUUCACCGAAGUUUUCACGGAACUUAAAGCAUGUGGUGUACAUCCAUACAACCAUCUCCAUUACCACCACCAUCACCAUCAUCAUAACUUGCACCCCCAGACACCCACAAGCCCUCAUUCCCCAAGCAGCACCAUCAGCAGCAUCCCCAACACUCCCUCCCCUCAACAAGAACAAAAUCCUAUCCUCAACAACGACCACCAACAGCUACAGCGAUCCAAGUCUCAAAGUCUUGCCUUGCCACUUAUGCAAGCACCGCUUAAGACAGCCGCCUGAAUGAGCUCUUUUUUCCAGUACGAGGCCACGAGAUGCACUUUUCGGCCAUUAACUUUCAGGAAAUUUUGGUUUUGCAAUCUGGACGCCGCGUUAUAACGCAGCUAAUUGUCCAGAUAAUUUCGGGACUAACAGCCAACUAGAGGCCUGGUUUUAGAAUAUAAACAAUCAAAAAGCAAUCCCUGAAAUCAGUCACAAAAGAGCUCUUUUGGUGAACAAGUGUUGUUCUCAGUGAAGCAAUUGUUUGUCUGACCAACAAAGUUUUGCAUAAUAGGUUCAAGCAAUGGGUGCUCAAAAACUUUUUCGUAAAGAAGAUUGAAAGGAAUUGAGGUUCGUCUGUUCCAGCGAUGAUGUAAAGCCUAUCUUCCGGCCGUUAAAAACACAGCAAGGGUUGCACUUAUUCCUCGGACGAAAAUGUGAACGUUAUAUUUUCAUACGUCAUGUCAGAAGCUGGAAUUACGUUCAAUCAUGAUGUGAAAUAUUGCUUAGAUGCGAAACGGAAAGUACGAAGGGAAUAAUUGCUCGGUGCGUUUGCCGGAAGUCGAGGCAGGUUCUGAUUCACAGAUACGAGUCACAAAUUAUCUAAUAAAUCCCAAUAUUAUAAGAAUACAAUGGAUGCAUGCUUCUGCUCCUGUUACAUGUUCGUACUGUAGUUAUUUUUGUUAUGGUUUGAAAAAAAAAAUACUCUGUAGGGUUUAUUAGACUUUUUUCGACUUCAUUUACUGUCGUUUGUCGAUAAUUUCACUCAAAUAUUUGAUGCUUGAAUUUGUUUGAUAAAAGCUAAGGUUGUUUUUUGAAACAUCACUCAAAAAUUUUUUAUCACGAGUCAAGUACCAAGAGAUCAUCUUGAUUUACUGCAUAGCUUGACAGUAAAUCGUCAAGUAGUAAUAAUUUGUUUGCAGUCUAGUCAUAGGGCAGCUUACAUUCAAGUCAUAGUCACAUUAUUAAUAUAGAAUUGAAGAUGCCAAAAAGUAGUGAGUUCAAUUUAUGAAUAAGAUGUAUCUACUUCGAUUGGUUUGGAGGCGAACACAUUUGAUGAACCAUACGAAGAUAAGAACCGUAAUUGAUUUAUAUCUCUUUAUACGACUGCAUACUUAACAUUUCUUAUGGAGAUAACGAGUUGGAAGGCAAUUCGGGAUACAACUGUGCAAUCGGCAAUUUUAAACUUAAACCUGAAUGGAAAAAUGUACAAUGUUAAAAAAAUAUCGGCAUCCGGCGCCUAAACACAACUUACGCGUACAACUUACGAAAUAUGCACGCGUGAAUUACGAAUUUUAUUUCCGAUGCAGCCAGUAUUUGAAGGUAAAUAAGUAACUAAUUCUAUAAAGUGCAAUCAAAACACCAAAUUAAGAUUGUACAGAUGGAAUUUUGCCAUAUUUUGCGCCAAAACGAAUUGCAACAUUGAAUUCACUAAUUUUUCCCAAUUUUCAUGUGUGCUUGAUUUUCUCAUUUGUGUUUCGUUUACAGUUUUUGUACAGAUGUAAAAUUGACGUCCAACUACUUACGUAUUUAGUAUAUAAUAAUAAUUAUAGGGAGCUCCUCUAUGAGCAAGCUCAACAUUAUUAAAGUCAGUGGGGCAGUGUAAGCUAUCACCGAAGUUGGCAGUGAAGGAUUUUCCAUCUUGUUUACUCCUAGUGUUCAACGAUGAGAAAUUCAAAAACAAUCGUUUUUUGGUUAGAAGUUGUUUCGUUCAUUUGAGAUUCAAGUUGACGCAGGCAGGCUAAUGGCUUUCCACUCCACGAGAUAAGAUUCUUCAAAGGAAAAGAUAACGUCACUGAAUGGGGUAAUUAUUCGGUGGUAUCGCGCCGUAGGCCCAAGAACGCUGCACCGAAAUUGGUUGUUUCCAGGUUUCGUGAUGUUUGCUAAGCUUUACAUGUUUUAAAUAUCACAACCGAGCCCUAAAAGGUCUCGUGAAAAACAUCUCAGCAUUUUUUAAUCUGCCCUUUGACUGACGCAUUCCUAAAGAGCUUUUCAAUUCUUAUGGAGAUAACCCGAUUUUAGAAGAGGCGAUUCCUGCUUUUUCGUCUCCUUGAAGUCAUUUCUACGUGAUGUGUUCCAAUGUCCACGCCAAUUGUGUAAAAACGAUUAUGUAUUUGACCGUGUAAAUUAGAUGUAGAAACACCAAGUAUUUACUGAAUCUCAAGAUAAUUUGUUUUCGUACCGCAUAACCGUAAGAUUGUGUGGACAUUUCCGAAGGGGAGUUUCUCUACUUUUAGAACUCCAUGCACGUACGGCCCUCCCAAAGGGCAAUUAAACUUAAGUAUUAGUCUUAAAGUUCUUCAGCGUUCGCUGAACUCUUAUUGAAACGCAUCCAUGACCAAAUGUUACAAUAAUCUCAAUCUUGGUAAAAUAGAAUCUCUUUUGCGAGGUCUUGUAUCGCUCUAUUCGCACCCAUCGUCGAAUCUGUUUCUGUUCACCGUUUUUUCCAUGUGAUUUACUCGUAAGAUUUCAGUGAAAGGGUAUUCAAUUUUUAGUGGUGAAACAUUACAUUCAACUCAUCGAACUCUCACAUCACGUGAUAAAAAUAAGGAUCUCAAUGAAUCACAAAACUAUUUACUGUUUUCCACAAUGAUCUUUAAAUUCAUUGAAGGAAUACUUGAUGCUUCAUCACGCUCACACAACAGCCUUCGCUAUUCUUCUAACAUUUGGACCUGGACGAACACUUACAACUUUCAUCUUAAGAUUUCAUAAUACUUUUUAGCCUGAUUAUCAUUGAGAAUACAAGGGGUUCAGUCAAACACUUAGCAUAUAUUCCAAAUUAAGCUUCACAGUAAAACCCUUAGUGGCCAACACUGCAAUCUAAAACCAAAAAUUAGAUUUAUAUCCUUCGUCUACAGAUACAUUACCCGUAGCUGAAGUUAUUCGUAUCUAAAGGUCUGGUAACAAGAGAUACUGUCAGUAGACUACGGGUUAAGUCUGUUUAAAUGUAAAUAUUGUGUGUGUUCAAGAAGCUUCGGGGAUUUUGUGCUUGAAUUAUUUUCUUCGAGUUGUUUGUGCGUCGCGUCGACCUGACGGCUUUUAACAGAAAACAAUCACUAUUAAUUCCAGCCAAUUUAUCUCAGUAAAGUGACGUGAUUUUGUGUCUACCAUUCAAAGGCAAAUUAACUUACCAAGGCCAACACCAAAAAUUUAAUUUUCACAUUCCAAUCUCUCUAAAUAAGCAUGAAAAUAUCACUGAUUUAGCCCAACAUUAAUUACUUAAUUACAGUAAAAAGUAACUCAAAAGAUUUUUUAGUUUCGUUUUUAACAAAAAUUUAAAUGAAGCGAACAGAAAAACCGGCUAUGUCGAGAGCCUGCCUGCUCUGACAUUUUGUCAACAUGAGGGGAUGCUGUGCAAUAUUCUAUGUUUUGGCUGUAAGUCAUAAUAUUUUAACUAACGCUUUGUUGUACGUAUACCGCAUGACGAUAGCCGAGUAUAACAGUAAGUUUUGAUGGUCUGACUGGCUUAGACAUUCCUCUUUACUGGAGCGAGUAAUGCGACCAAACUACAAAGCAACUUUUUCGAACAAAUUUAACCAAGAGUCGAGGUCGAGGCCGGGCAAAUUAUGAAUCUCACUUGUCAAACUCUCAGCCCAUUGAGCUCCCUUCAAAAAAAAAAAAAAAUAAUAAUAAUAAAAUGAUUAAACAGUAAACAGUUCUGUUCAUUUCAAACACAUCACUUAACAGUUCUGUUAAUUAAGUGAAUAGUAAAGUAAAAUUAUUACAUUGACUACGUUUUAUUAAACGUAAGUCAUUACUCUGAUUUUUCCUAAAUAUUGAGUAUUUUCUUCAUUCAUCAGAGGUACACAUCUAUACUAAUAAAUGUACAGGUAAUUAGAACCUUGUACCGCAACGCUACAUUGAAGUGAACUUAACCUUCAUAUGUUGGAUAAAAUGAACAUGUUGGCCCAACACUGUUUUUAUACUUUGGUUAUAAAUGCAUCUUAUUGCCGUUAAUUUAAUCACAUCGUCAAGAUUGCUACACCAUAGAAAAGUUAAAAAAAACCUUGAAAACAUCAGAUUUUUCUGCAUUAUCAACUCUAAUCGCAAUACCUUGCUUUAUAAUGUUAUAUUCUGAACUUCAACGCAUCAGGGAGCUAUAACACGUGGUCGGACAAAACUUUGCAACGCGUUCAUAACAUUUGAGUCAUAAACAAAUAAAAUAUGAUGCUUUGAAAUAAGAGUAAUACUGAGUGCUGAAAAGCUUAAUCCCUGUAAACGAUGUUAUAGUGCAGGUCACGGCAGAAUUUUCUCACGACUACAAAAUAAUGUUAAAUCAGCAAGUAUUUACAUCUAGAAAUAACCGUGUUAAUUUGCUUCAUUGAACCUCAAGCUAUGGAGUAACAUUUCUAUUUGUUUCCUACAUGGAUAGGAAAUUGUGUGCGUUAUCUAUACUUUGAUUAAUAAUAUUUUAUAGAACGCAUAUAUUAGCAGCAUUGGUUAUUUUCAACAUUGUUUAUUAUUCGAGGGCGAUGAACCACAACCAAUUGAGAACCAUUUAUUUUCAACAUUGUUGAUUAUUUAAGGGUGAUGAACCAAAACCGGUCCAACGCGACUCAUUCUAAAAAAGAACUUUGAUGGAGUACGAGAGAGUAGAAACAAUUUAGGCUUGAGAGAUUAAGUGGAUGUUGGUCACAAUAUUUCCUCAUUGUAAACCAUUUGUUUGUAAAAACAUUUUAGUAGCACCAGGUGAUUCUUAUCUAGUCUAGCUUCUCAAUUAAUGUUUAGUUGUAUCUCAUUUGUUUUGUUUAAUAUUUUCUAGAACUUACGUCUCUAUUUAUCUAUCAGUAAAUGAAGGCGAUAAAUGAA